CAAACGAGUACCAGUUAUGUACAAUAAUAGAAUGUAAUUUCUGGUAAUUUCUAACCUAUUUCUGAUCAAAUCAAUCAUCCAACGAUUGACUUUACAUACUUAUACAUCAUUAUGGACGUUUAUUGUUCAUUUUCUUUACGUAACUCCUCUAAUAUUCUCCUUGAAAUACCCUCGUUCCAAUCUUCCACCACGAAUCCACCGAUUAUUUUCGACAAUUCCACGGCGCCCGAUCGUCCAAAAGCGACCCUGAACUCGGCACAAAAUCGUUAGAAACGCGCAAGUUUCACGAAACCCGCGCCGUUUUAUUAUCUCGACCAGUCCGAUUCCCCUUCAGUUUCACACGGAUUUCCAUCGGUUUCGGUUCGCGUCGCGCCGAACACUCGCCAAGUCGCGGAAAAUCCGGAAAAAUGCCAUCGGAAAAGUCGGUUUUCCAGCCGGACGGGGCCUUGUUCAGGCAGGCCCACGUCUCGUCGGUGGAACAGUACAAGGAAAUGUAUGAGAAAUCGAUCGAUCGGCCGGAGGAGUUUUGGGGCGAAAUCGCCAAGGAGUUUUAUUGGGAAACGCCGAUCAGUCGCGAUAAGUUUUUCCGGUACAAUUUCGAUAUCACCAAAGGGCCGAUUUUCACCAAAUGGAUGGACGGAGCUACGACCAAUGUUUGCUAUAAUUUGCUGGAUAGGAACGUGAGGAACGGCAAUGGGGAGAAGAUUGCUUUCUAUUGGGAGGGCAGCCAUCCGGACGACUACAGCCGACUAACCUACAAAAAACUCCUCGAAGAGGUCUGCAAAUUCGCCAACGUCCUGAAGAGCAAGGGCAUCCGCAAGGGCGACCGAGUCGCCGUCUACAUGCCCAUGAUCCUCGAAGCCGUCGUCACCAUGCUGGCCUGCACCAGAAUAGGAGCAGUUCACUCGCUAGUAGUAAGAUUCUCGGCCGAUUCCUUCGCCGAGAGGAUCCUGGACUGCGAGGCGCGCGUCCUGGUGACCGUCGACGGUACCUGGAGAGGCGAGAAACUCCUCCAAUUGAAGGCCAUCUGCGAUCAAUCGAUGAUCAAGUGCGCGCAGAAGGGACACAACGUCGAAACCUGCGUGGUGGUCUCCCAUUUGGACAGGGUCACCCCACCGCAAGGCAUGCAGUACAACAGCAACAAGACGCCCAUGACGCCCGGCCGGGACGUCUACUGGCACGACGCGGUACCCCAAGCGUCGGCCAGCUGCUACCCCGAAUGGAUGGAGGCGGAGGAUCCGCUCUUCGUGCUGUACACCAGCGGCUCGACGGGGAAGCCCAAGGGGGUGCUGCACACCACGGCAGGUUACAUGCUCUACGCCGCUACCACGUUCAAAUAUGUCUUCGACUACAAACCCAACGAUGUCUAUUGGUGCACCGCGGACGUGGGAUGGAUCACCGGGCAUACUUACGCGGUUUACGGGCCUCUUGCUAACGGGGCUACCAGCGUUUUGGUGAGUGUGAAGUUUGCUACAGGCGGUCGAAAAUCGUUCGGGUGCGUUCCGAAGCUUUCCGAAUGGUUCCGGACGGUUUACGAAGGAACGCCGUUUUAUCCGGAUAACGACAGAUUUUGGGUGGUAGUGGAUAAAUAUAAGGUCAAUCAAUUCUAUACGGCACCCACAGCUAUCAGAUCUCUAAUGAAAUUCGACGAUAAUUUAGUUACAAAGCACGAUUUGUCGUCGUUAAGAGUAUUGGGUUCGGUAGGGGAACCCAUAAAUCCGGAAGCCUGGCAUUGGUACUACAAAUUAGUGGGUAAGGAAAGAUGCUCCAUAGUGGAUACUUUUUGGCAAACGGAAACCGGAGGACAUGUACUCACAACUUUGCCCGGAGCGGUACCCAUGAAACCCGGAGCAGCUGGUUUCCCCUUCUUCGGCGUCCUUCCAGUGCUUCUGGACGAAUCAGGAAAGGAGAUAAAAGGAGAGGGCGAAGGUUAUUUGGUGUUCUCGCGUCCAUGGCCUGGUUUGAUGAGGACGCUGUUUAACAAUCACGAUCGAUACGAGACGACUUACUUUACGAAAUUCCCCGGAUAUUAUUGUACAGGAGACGGCGCCCGUCGCGACGCCGACGGCUACCUGUGGGUGACGGGCCGCGUCGACGACAUGCUCAACGUCUCCGGCCAUCUCAUGUCCACCGCCGAAGUGGAAUCCAUCCUCGCCGAGCACCCCGGCGUCGCCGAAGCCGCCGUCGUGGCCAAGCCGCACCCCGUCAAAGGCGAAUGCCUCUACUGCUUCGUGACGACGACGGCGUCGGCGUCGUUCGACGGGCGGCUCGUCGCGGCGCUGAAGCAGACGGUGCGCGAGCGCAUCGGGCCGUUCGCGCAGCCCGACGUCGUGCAGGAGGCGCCGGCGUUGCCGAAGACGCGCUCGGGGAAGAUCAUGCGCAGGAUAUUGAGGAAGAUCGCUGUGAACGAUAGGGACGUGGGGGACGUUAGCACGUUGGCGGACAGCUCGGUGGUGGAGAUGUUGUUCGCUACGAGGCCGCAAGGGGCUUGAAUUUUUCGAUUUUUGGUUUAUUUGUUUUUUUUUUCUUGUUGUUGUUUUUUAUUUUGUCGAUUAUUUUUUU